AUGGGUAUCCCGAAGUUCUUCCGUUACAUUUCAGAGAGAUAUCCGUUGACAUCGCAACUCAUCCAAGAGAACAAGAUUCCGGAAUUUGACAAUCUAUACCUAGAUUUCAAUGGAAUUAUCCAUAAUUGCUCUCAUCCCAACGACGAGGAUGCUCAUUUCCGGCUUUCAGAGGAACAGAUAUUUACGUCUAUCUUCGCUUAUGUCGACCACUUAUUCGGGAAGAUAAAGCCCAAGAAACUCUUUUUCAUGGCAGUGGAUGGUGUCGCUCCUCGCGCGAAGAUGAAUCAACAACGGAGUCGACGUUUCAGGACGGCGAAGGAGGCCAGAGAGGUCCGGGAGAAAGCAGAGGCCAAGGGUGAGAAGCUGCCGGAAGAGAAGGCUUUCGACAGCAAUUGUAUCACACCAGGAACGCCAUUCAUGGUCCGGCUCUCCGAACAAUUGCGUUACUUCAUCAACAAGAAGAUUACGGAGGACUCCAACUGGCGCGACAUCCAAGUCGUUCUUUCUGGCCACGAAGUGCCAGGAGAAGGCGAACACAAAAUCAUGGAAUACAUUCGUUUGUCACGCGCACAACCCGACUACAACCCUAAUGUGCGACACUGUCUUUACGGGCUCGACGCUGAUUUGAUCAUGCUGGGUCUACUGAGUCAUGAUCCCCAUUUCUGCUUGUUGCGAGAGGAAGUCAAGUUUGGCCCUUCUUCAAGGAAGAAAGGCAACACAAGUCUUGAAUCAAUCAACUUUUAUCUGCUACACCUCUGCCUCCUGCGGGAGUAUUUGGACCUGGAGUUCCACGAGAUUGAGCCUGUACUGCCUUUCGAGUACAAUCUCGAAAGAGUUAUCGACGAUUUUAUUCUCCUGGCAGUUUUCGUUGGCAACGAUUUCUUGCCAAAUCUGCCAGAUCUUCACAUUCAUGAGAACGGGUUGGAGAGGCUUUUUGAUGUGUACAAGAAGGUACUUCCUGGGAUGGGUGGUUACAUAAACGAGAGUGGAACGAUUAACACACGGCGACUUCAGUUGGUGCUCAACGAGAUGGCGCAAUGGGAGCAAGAUGUUUUCGAAAAGGAGUAUGCAGACAUGAACUGGUACAAGGGCAAGCAGGCGAAGCACGUCAAGGAAUUGGAGAAUGGCAGGAAGAGGGCAGCAUUAACCCUGACGAAGGGCCAGCGAGAGAUUUUCGACCAGGUCAAGGCGUUUGUGAUGGAGAAUCGAAGCGCUCCUUCGGCAUCACACUACCGCGCGGCGCGGCUAUCGCUACUCAACCUUUUCCCAGCCCGAGACAGAGCCUUUAUCACACGAUUAUCAGAAGACCUGCACCUCAGCGUCAGCUGGGAUGAGUACGAUGAACAGGACAACAACUUGGUUACGUGGAGAUUUCCACGAGUGUUGGACGACAGUGACGAGAAAGGUACGGAAGAGGGAGGCGAUGAUGGCGAGUGGGAAGAUGAAGACGAUGCUGAAAGUCGGGCUGCUGUCGACCGGGUGUUGAAGAAGUACGAAAAGGCGCCAGUUGCUGACCCUGAUGCUGAGGGUACUUUCGACGAGAGAUACGAGCGGUCUCUCAAGGAGAAGAUGGACGAGUGGAAGAGGGGCUAUUAUACGGGCAAAUUGGAGAUUUCUUACGACGACCCGAAGGGCAUGGGCGAUUUAGUUUAUAGAUACGUGGAGGGUCUGCAGUGGGUGAUGCACUACUACUAUAGCGGGGUGGCCUCAUGGGGGUGGUUCUACAACUACCAUUAUGCACCCCGCAUUUCUGAUCUGAAAGGCGUCGAUCAAUUGUCGUUCGACUUCAAGCUCGGGACUCCUUUCAAACCUUUCGAGCAACUCAUGGGCGUACUGCCUGUAGCGAGUAUGGAUCAUAUUCCGCUGGCGUACAGAGAUCUAAUGUAUGAUCCAAAUUCGCCCAUUCUCGACUUCUACCCUUUGGAAUUCGAACAAGAUCUGAACGGAAAGAAGGCUGAUUGGGAAGCAAUCGUUAAAAUUCCUUUCAUUGAUGAGAAGAGGUUGCUAAAGGCGAUGGCCUCUCGCGAGCACCGAUUAACUCCCGAAGAAAAAUCGCGAAACACCUGGGGACCAAGCACCAUAUUCCGUUACAAUCCGGGCGAAUCUACUGUCUAUCCAUCAUCACUACCGGGCUUCUUCCCUCCCCUAUAUCGGUGUCAAUGUGUCAUGGAAUCCUUCAACCUACCAACGUUGGACGGCCUCCAUCUUGUCCCUGGCCUAUGCGACGGCGUUGCUCUAGGAAUCGAGGCACUCGCUGGCUUCCCAUCGAUCAAGACCCUUCCACAUACGGCUAUGCUGGGCCACCAUGGUGUCAAUGUCCACGGAUCGGAGAGCCGGAACAAGUCAAUGGUCAUCCACAUCGAAAACCCACAUGAGGGGCAAAAGAUGGAGGAGAUCGCGAAGAAGAUGAUUGGAGAAAAGGCCUUUAUCGGUUGGCCGUUCUUGCAAGAAGGGCAGGUCGUGGCGGUCUCUGACGCCUUGUUCAAGUACGAAAAGAUGGUCGUUACGCCCAAUUCGCCGCCGAAAGUGGUUUCGACCCCACAUGCACCGCAGGGGUUGGGUCAUUGGAAGAUGAAGGCGGAGAGGAUCGAAACGUAUUACUCGAAGAGGUGCGGUGUCAUUUCUGGUAACAUCGAGGUUUUGCUCCACGUUCGCCCGCUCAAAGGCCUCAAACGUCUAGAGACAGGAGCAUUUGUAAAGGACUACGAGGGCCCAGACAAAGAGACUGAGCAGGCUGUGCAGAUGUGCAUCUCGGAGGUUGCCUCAGAAGAUCCACGUUACGUGGAACGAGAAGCCCCUCCUCUCGCUGAAGAAUUUCCCGAGGGCAGCAAGGUCUUCUUCCUCGGCGAGCACGCGUACGGAGUUGCUGCGCAGGUCUCUUCAACAACGGAAUCGACUUUGUCAGUCAUUCUUGCCUUUUUCCCCUCGGAGAAGGCAGAGAACGAGAAAUUCAAAGCGAUUGUGGAGAACCGAAAGGCGGGGCGUUACCAUCCUUCUUUCAAGGCAGCAGAACUAGUCGGUAUUUCGGGUCGAGCUCUCGGCAAGAUCACCUCCAGCUUUAUGGUCAUCACCUCUGACAACCAGAAGUCCAAUCUCGGCCUUUGCCUGAAGUACGAAGCGAAGGCAUUGAAGGUUAUCGACUACUCAAGGAAGGAGGGUCGUACCUGGGAUUACAGCGAAAAGGCUCUCGCCCUGAUCAGAGAAUACAAGGAGACCUUUCCUGAGGUCUUCCGGAUAUUGGAUGGGAAUGGCGAUGCAAUGGCCAAGGCUGCUCACAUAUUCCCGAGUUCUGAUCCAGAUGGGAAAGUCAGGGAAAUCAAGCAAUGGUUGAAGACCAAAGGUGUUCGUGAUUUCGAACCCGUAUCGCUCUUCUGUGACCAGCUCAACAAGGAAUCCGUGAGCGAGAUCGAAGCCUUGGCUGAUGCGUUUACCAAAGACAAGCCUCAAAUUAGGAAGGCCAUGGUGAAAGGCAUUCCCCGGCAAGCCGUCCUCAAGCCCGCACAUGCUGUUUAUCGUCUUCAAAACCAACAUUUCUCCCUUGGCGAUCGUGUAACUAUGGUCCGCGAUUCUGGUGGCGUGCCCUUGUCUGUCAAAGGUGUAGUCAUUGGGCUCAACUCGAAGUCCAUGGAUGUUGUCUGGGAUGUUCCGUUCAUGUCGGGAGGAACUCUCGGCGACAGAUGUUCGCAGUAUCGUGGCUCGACGGUCGAAUUCAACACUUGCCUUAACCUCACAAAUCCUCAGUUUGUCACCUCUACCAAUCCCAAGGCACCGCCUCCCGUCCGCAAUAACGUACCUUUCAAUCCUCGAUUCGGUCCUCAUCCGAUCAUUCCUCCUGCACCAGCGCAACAACCAGCCGCUGGUUUCCGUUCAGCACCAAAAGCACACCAACCUGCGCAAGUGCAUAUCAUGGCCAAUCCUAAUCGUGGUCGAGGUGGAUUCGUGAAUGGCCGCGGAGGUCCUCCAGUCACAGCAGCCCAAGUUGUCUCAGUCGGGACAGAGCCAGUUCACCAAGCAACGGUUGCGAGUCCUCAAGUAAAUGGUGGUCAUAAUCACGUCUAUCCACAAGCUGGACGGGGCUUCCCUCGAGGCGGACGAGGUGGGUCCGUCCCAGGGAUUCGGGGUGGCGGUCGCGGGUUUAUUGCCAACGACCGAGGGCGGGGUGUUCCAGGACGCGGGUUUCGAGGACGCGGAAGAGGGUCGUUUGCUGCCCCUCUGCCUUCAUAA